AUGCAGAAUGCUCGUGCCAGCUACGAGGAGGCUGGCCGCUACUUCAAAGGCAAGAAGAUGUCUGGGCUGAUGAGAUAUGCUCGAGGCAAUGAAUCCCGUGAUUUCUUCAAAGAGAUCAAGUUGCCUCUUGUACCAACCGAAGUUCCGGUUACUCUCUACGAGGGCUCUGGCACUGGUUCUGAAGGGGUCGACAGGAGGGAAAUUCAGACGACAAUCCCUGUGCUGGAUGUACAUGAGAUUCUGGACUACCUCCAAUGCCAUCUCCAGCUUCGAACUCCAUUGCACAGAGUGCAACAAUACUGGAGGCAUCUGCGAGCUCGUGGAAAUCCCUUUGCGGAAAACUUGGGCGCUGCAGAUGACUCUAUUGUUCCAUUCACACUUUAUGGAGAUGAAGUUGUGCUGGCCAAAGACUCGAAGGACAAAGUUACAGGAUUGUUCUUGCAGCUGACACUGUUUAAACCUCGUGUCGUACGUGAAGGGCUGUGGCUCCUUUGUGCGAUUCAAGACUCAGUUAUGGUGCAUGCGAACCUGAAGACUUUGCUACCGGUGCUUCAACACAUAGUGUGGUCUUGCAAUAUUGCAUUCACAGGGCGAUACCCUGCAACUGCAAUGGAUGGAACCCCUUUGACAGGGGUGAAGGCCAAGAAAGCGGGCACGGAGUUCGCUUUUGGCACUCGGUGGGUGUGUGCCGAACUUCGAGGAGACUGGAAGUGGCAUGAGCGCACAUUGAGGCUGCUGCGAACCCCUGUUUCGAAACGCAUGUGUUUCUUAUGCAAUGCAGAAGCCAGUGACGGUCAUUUGCGCUACUACGACAUUCUGGACGGUGCUGCCUGGCGCAGCUCGCAGCUGGACCUGAAUUCCUUUCUUCAGGGAGCCAUUCGGCCCGGAGCCAGAAGUCCUUUCCUCGAUCUCCGGGGCUUCGACAUAUCUAUGAUCAGAUUCUGCUCCAUGCAUGUCUGUAAUUUGGGGCUAGUGCAUACAGCCAGUGGAGGUGCUCUGGAAGCUCUUCUACGUGAGGGCCACUUCGGCGGCUACAUUGCUGGGGAUGCCACUUCCUUGAAGACCUGCCUUCAGACUGCAUUCAUGGAAUUCCAACAGUGGCGCCGGUCAAACAAAACCCCGUGCAGCCAGAAAGCCUUUGCACCCCGACAUCUGUGGAAGGCUCAGCAUGGCUAUUAUUUCACUGCCAAGGCUUACAAUGCGAGGAUUGUCAUGUUGUGGCUGGCACACAAAUGUCAGCAAUGUGCUGUGCAUGCCCCGGUGAACUCAAGCAUGCCAUUGCAUGCCACAGCAUUGACUGCCUUCUCCAAGUGGUUCAAUGCCACCGAGGCCGCCGGGCGGUAUUUGACAAGGCAGCAAAAUGAUGAGAUAUAUGUGAAUGGCAUGCUGUUCUUGAAAUGCCACCUGCGACUCACCCAAGUUUCCCAUCGGCAGAAGAUUGUGGCCUGGAUCUUGAAACCCAAAUUCCAUGCAAUGCUUCACUUGCUGGACCAAAGCCACAAAUGGUGCUACAAUACACGCUACAGCCACUGUUUCGCUGGAGAAGACUCCAUGGGCUGGCUGAAGCGAAUUAGUCUACGGGCUCCGCGAAAACCUGGCCCAUUCAACCGCUGGAUUCUGCGAAUGGGGCAGCUCAAGCUCAUUGCGGCAAAGCGUCGCUUGACGAAGCGAGUGCGUGAACAAGGAUGGAAGCGAUGA